AUGGUCGUCACACCCGACCACCGCGCUCUGGAUGCCACCGCACCCCUCUCCCCACUCCUCCUCGCUCACCCUUCUCCUCGCGUGGGUCCUCAGGGCGCCGCCGGCACUCCCCCCAGCGGUCCUCCUCUCCUCCGCAAAAACAGCACCGGCUCGUUCUCCAAGCUCUCCGAGUUCUGGCUAGACGGCACUCCCUCAGCUCCCGGUACCCCCUGGGAGGAGGCCAAAGGCGGUGAGCUCCAGCUCCCCACCGUUGCCCUCAGCAUUGACGCCGGCGAGUGGCGCCACCCCGUCUUCAAGACCAAGGUCCUCUCCAUCCUCCGUCGCCUCAAUGUGCCGCUUUGGACCCACCGUAGCCUCACCCCCAGCUCGAUUCACCUCCAAAAGGUGUCGGGUGCCAUGACGAAUGCCGUCUUCUUCGUCACCUUCAACCCCAACCCCAUGCCAACCUCCCCCUCCAUGUCUCCCCUUCUUACGCCUACCAUGCCUCCCACGGACCCGGACAACCCUCCCGCGCUGCUCGAGAAUCAGUACCCGCCCACUCUCCUGCUCCGCAUCUACGGCCCGUCGUCCGACAUGCUCAUCUCGCGUGACGAGGAGCUCCGCAUCCUCCAUGUUCUCUCGACCACCUACGGCCUUGGUCCCCGCGUCUACGGCACCUUCCUCAACGGUCGUGUCGAGCAAUUCUUCCCCUCGCGUGCCCUUACUGCAGCUGAGCUCCGCGUCCCCGAGAUUGCUCACGGCAUCGGUCGUCGCAUGCGCGAGCUCCACUCGGUUGACCUCCGCAUGCUCGGCUACUCGGAAGCCCGUGACGGUCAGCCCAUGGUCUGGAGGUCCAUCUCCGAGUGGAUUCCCCUUGCCAACGAGGUCCUCAACACUCUCGCAUCCAUCAACGGCAAUUGGGAGGUCUGGGUAGAGAAGUACCAGCUUCACAAGCUCCGCGACCAGGUCGAGGCUUAUCGCAAGUUUGUCAUGGAGGACGAGAACCGCGGCAAGGGAGUGUAUGGCAACCUCCUUCUCCUCGACGCCGAGGUUCCCAAGGGUGUGCCCCCUCACCACAAGUACAUUGUCAUCGACUUUGAGUACGCUGCUCCCAACUGCCGUGGAUACGACAUUGCCAACCACUUCAACGAAUGGUGCGCCGACUACCACCACGACACGCGCUCGCACUCGCUCAAGGACCACUACGGGUACCCCACGCUCGAGCAGCGUAUGGACUGGUACCGUGCAUACCUGUCGAUUGAGAUGAGCGCUGGUGAGCAGAAGCUCGGCAAGCGCGCCGAGGUUGCUCAGGACCGCGUCGACAAGCUCGAGCGUGAGGUCCGUCUUUGGUCACCUGCCAGCUCUGCCUUUUGGUCAGUCUGGGGUAUUAUCUCAGCGGAGGACAUGAUCCACAAGAUGACCGAAGACCCCGAGUUCGUCCCCGAGUUUGACUACCUUGGAUACGCCAUGGAGCGUGUUGAGAUGUUCCGCCAGGAGGCUGCUGAGCUCGGCGUCCCUCUGCCCUAG